UAGCCCCGGGGUGGUGGUGGCGGCCUGAGCGGCGCCAGUGUUGUCAGCUCCACACAUCAGCAUGGCCGCACACUAGUUUGUAGGAUUAUUCUCUCUUGUUUGCCAUACGUUUCACCACUAAUUAUCGCUCCCCCCCACUCGCCUCUGAUUUCAUUUCAACCUUAAGUGCGCGGCUACAAUCUCCGGGUUGACGUGAAGUGAGAGGCCACAGUACCAGAAUGGCUCAAGUCCCAAUGCGCAUGGCUCAGCCUAGCCUGGUGCCUCCCCACCAACAGCGACCCCCCAUGAUGGUCUCCAUGACACAACCACCACCUGUAUCCAUGCAAGGUUUGGUGAGCAUGGCGCCCAUGAUGGCUCCCGCUGGUGGGAUGGCUGUGAUGACUCAGGCCAUGAGUCACCCAGACUCAGGUGUUGGUCCGGACCACCACUCUCUCAAUGCUCCCUACCACCACCACCCUCACCACCCUCACCACCACCAUGGUCCACCAGGCCCACACCAUCCUGGUCCCCCUCCACACCACCCCAGUGGGCCUCCCCAACCUCCCCCGACAGGUCCUCCACCUCACACAGGGCCCCCUCACUCACAGUAUCACCCGGCCCAUCAUCCUGCUCAGGCCCCACAUCAUGGCCCUCACCCAUCUCAUGCACCUCAUCAUGGCCCUCAUCAUUCAGCCCCACACACUACCCCACAUUCUGCUCCACACACUGGCCCACAUUCUGCUCCACACACUGGCCCACACACUGGUCCACACUCUGGUCCACACUCUGGUCCACACUCUGGUCCCCAUUCAGGGCCACAUGGUGGGCCACAUUCUGGUGCUCAUGGGGGCCCCCAUGGUGGUCCACAUAGCCAUGGUGGUCCUCAUUCUGGGCCACAUAUGGGACUACACAGUGGUAACAGCAGCAGUGGGCCACACAACGGACCUCACAGUGGUCCACACAGCGGACCUCAUGGUGGGCCACAUGGUGGCCACCAUGGAGGACCAACACACCCUCAGUCACACCUCCAAGCGACUGCUACUGUUGCUGGUCCUCCGCACAUGACACAUCCUCCGCACUCUGUCAUGCAUCACUCCGCACCUCACCAGAUGGGUGGAAUGGGUAGUGGUGGGCCAGCGGGAAUGGGGACCUCUCCUGGUAGCAGUCACCACCAUCACCACCAACAGCAGCAGCAGCAGCAGCAGCAGCAGCAACAACACCAGCAACAGCAACAACAGCAGCAACCUCCACCACAUCAUACUCAAGUACAUCAACAACCCAUGCCCCAGACAAUGCAACAUCAGCAACAACAUCAGCAGCAGCAACAGCAGCCACCUCAACAACAGCCUCCACAGCUACAACAGCAACAACAGCAGCAGCAGCAAGAUAUUAUAGUAAAUGGCGGCAUGGUAGGCAUGAAUUCUACUGGCAAUGGUGUUGUGAACGUGGGCGGGUCCUCACCUACACACUCCUCGUCUAUGGCAUGUGUUGGUAUGACCGGAGACUCCUCAGCCACCAGUAAAGAGAAAACACCAAUGUGUCUUAUCAACGAGCUUGCUAGAUACAAUAAGAUUCAGCACCAGUACUGUUUGACUGAUGAAAAGGGACCAGCUCAUAAGAAGACUUUUACAGUAACAUUAAGGCUUGGAGAGAGUGAGGAGUACACUGCGUCGGGCCCAAGUAUCAAGAAGGCCCAACACUCUGCUGCUGCCAUAGCUCUGGAAAAGACACAGUUUAAGCAUCCACCACCAAAAACUCAAAGACAAAAUAAGCAGACCAAGUUGACACCCACAGUGGAACUUAAUGCUCUUGCAAUGAAACGAGGUGAAGCUGCCAUUUAUACUUUUAUGGAGACUCCCCGUCCUCCUAACCCCUACUUUAAUAUGCCUCCAAAUAUUCGUGCCAUGUACAACCAGAAGUACUAUGGCCGACCUCCACUUUAUCCAAUAUUCUUCGUAACAUUAAGAGUUGGCACCCGUGAGUUUAUUGGUGAAGGAACUACAGCCCAGCAAGCCAAGCAUAAUGCUGCAUCUAAGGCUUUGAAGUUGAUGAAAACACUUCCCAUGCCAGAGAAUGCUACCACGUGUACACAGGGAGGAGCAGAAGGCUGCCCCUGAAUACGGUCAAGGUAUAAACCCCAUCUCCAGGCUUAUCCAGAUUCAACAGGCCAAGAAAGAAAAGGAACCUGUAUACACACUUUUGGCAGAGAGAGGUGUGCCACGUAGAAGAGAAUUUAUCAUGCAGGUAACUGUGGGAAGUCAGAGUGCACAAGGGAGUGGACCCAACAAAAAACUGGCCAAGAGAGCAGCAGCGGAGAAUAUGCUGCAGCUCUUGGGCUACUCCCGUCCUCAACCCCAGCCAGGCAAGCCUGCCAUCAAGACAGACGGUGCAAACUCUGACCCAGACAAAACAAGGAAGGUAACGUUUCUGGAAGAUGGUGGUGACCAGCGUGGCUCAGAUGCAGCAGUUGUUGGCGGUGUGAAUAAUAUAGGUCAGCUGGGAGGACCGCCAGUUGGUGGAGGCAGGCAGCUGGUCCCUGGGCUCAUUAUGAUGCCAGAUGGCUCAGCUCUUCAUGGCUUCCAGCAGGUCCAGCCUCAAGGUAUGGGCAUGGUGAGUGUGGGUCCAAUGGUGAACAUGCAAGCAACAGCAACAAUUGCAAAGGAGUUGCUAAAAUCUGGCAAUUCUCCAACUGCAGAGGCCAUGGUGAAGCAGAACCUCCCCUCAGGACCACAGGGACCACCACAGGGACCACCACCUGGCGGACAACAAACAAGUAUGCAGCCUCCUCAGCAACAGUCAGCCAUGACAGGGCCACCACAACAGCAGCAACAGCAGCCUCCCCCUCAACAACAGGUGUCACAGCAACAGCAACAAGUGCCAGUACAACAGCAGCAGUCUAUGGUUAAUCAGAGUGCAAAUGUGACCUCAACCCAAGCAGUGAGACCCAAGGAUCAACUUAUGUAUCUUGCACAGAUUCUGGGGUUGCAGGUGCAGUUUACAGACUUCCCCAAGGGCAACAAGAGCGAAUACCUGAGCCUGGUGUCCCUGUCUACCAACCCUCCUCACGUCUCCCAUGGUGCCGGACCCACAAUUGAUGACUCCCACGACCAGGCAUGCUUAACUGCACUACGGGCUCUGGCCAAGCUGGGGUUGGACACAGUGACUGCAGCCAAGCAAGACUAAAGGUUCUAGUACUAACAUGAGGAUGAUGCCAAUACUCACAUUGUUCCUUUCAUUGCAGUUCUUUAAGUCAAUUCAGUAAGGGACAUUUUCCAAGUGUGCCUAAACAAAUGGGCUGAUAAACGUGUUAGUGCUCAAGUGAAGAUUGUAAUAAUUCUUCUUGAAACGGCACCAAAAGCGCACACAAGACAGGGCAUCACCAUAAACAUGAAUUUCAAGUUUCAAGAGUUUUUAAGACACUCUUCAUUUGUGUUCCACUUACUUAACUGACUUUUGAGAAUUCAUGGAAAUUGCAACUAUCAUGCUUUAAUGUUGAGUUACCCCAGUUAAAAAACAGGAACUCAACCUUAGAGAUAUGAUGAUGGGUUUCAUAUUACUGUAUCCUCACGUCAAAUUACUUUCGUGAUGGGCGAAGUGAACAUCUUUACUGAUGUACGUGAAGUAAUGGAUAUAUAUACGUAUAUAUAUAUACAUAUAUAUGCGGCUUGAUCAGUAAUUCUGAGCCUUCAUGAAACUUUGUGGAUGGCUAGUUAUAUAUUUUUAGUUACAAAAGUAAUGAGAGAAGUAUAAAUAAGUUUAAUCUCAUAACUGCCGAUCUCGCCGUAUAUUCUUAUUGUCUUCCUCCUCUGUGUUUUGUCCUUUUGAAAUCUUAGCAGUUUUAUUAUUUAAUUAUAUAUGUUAUCAUUAUAGAAUUGUUCCUACAAAAGAAAGAAUGACAAAUAAAUCCCAUAAUUUGAGUGAAACAGUAUGGCAAACAGGAUAUCGAGUGAUAUUGAGCUUUAGAUGUAUCUGAACUAAGGCUCAUUUUCCCUAUUAAGCAAACAGAUAAACUACAAGAAAUGUAUUGUGCCUCUCCUACAGGCUUAAGUGUGCCAAUGCUGGUUAUCUGGUGUUAGUGUUAGAGAGGAGUGUUGGAGGGAGGGAGAGACUCCCUGGAGACACUACCCCACACACAUUCUUCUCCAGCCCUCCCUCAAACACUCCCAUAAUCUUAGCUUGCUACUGUAUAACGGCUUCCCUCUUGACACCUGCUCCACCCAAUAUUUACUCACAAUGUCCCCACCUGUAUACAUUAGAUGUGUGAACUUCUUCAAACACUGGCCCCUUGACAGUUAUCUUCUGGCAUGGUAACAAGGAUCGUUGUUGACUAGUGGCGUAGCACUAGUGCUGUAAACUUGUUGAGUCUGAUCACCCUCUUGUUAUUGUCACGAGCUGAUGCUUGCAUGCUCAUUGAUGCUCAGUAUUCUUUUAACCAUUCAUUACAACACUAACAAAUACAAUGGACUAUUGUUACAGCUAAUUAAACAAAAGAAAUUUCCAGAAGGCAUCAGUGUUUAGGGUUUACUUAUAUUAUUUUUCAAAUGGUAAAGGUCAGUCAUGUUCGUGUUCUGCCAUAAGAAAAAUAUUAGGCGGUCAUCUCGUAGUGCAUCAGUGUUAUACAUGUGGUACAUUUCAAGCAGUGACUAAAUGUGUGGGUGAGUAAAGGUUUCUCUUGGCAUUAUAAUAAGCAAUGUGUAUCACUACUGCUGCUAGUCACCGUGUAGGGUCCUGGUGUUGACCUGUGUGUCAGUCAGUGUGUUUGGUGCCAUCACUGGUCCAUGCACGACCCUCCCUGCUGUCCUCAGUAGCUCUCACAUAUAUUUUACAAUUUUUCAUUCUCAGACAAAUCAAUGUUGCAGACUUGUGUAGCCAUGGCGGUGGUGGUGAGCAGAGAGAGCCUCCCCAUUGGUGUACAUUGUAAGAGUAGACACUUGCUCAGUAAUUAUCUCAAUUAAAUUGUCAGUUCAUUGAGUCAAACACACUUACUUACUGAAUUCUUGGUUAUAAUUGCUCAGGAGGCUGUUGUCUCGUUUGUGUGUGUAUAUAUUUUUGUUUAGUCUACAAUUAUGAAUAACAAUAAAAGUUUGUAAAUAAGGUGUAUGUUUGUGAAGUCUUCAUCAAUUUUUAAGGCUUGUUUCUUGAUAGCUAUUUGAUAUUUGAUGGUACUUGAAAUUAAACUUUUCAUAAUUAACUGGCAUUGAAAAGAGAGAUUCCACUUUAUACAAUACACCGAGCACUGCCGACCAAUGGCUACACAGCUUCUGAAGUUGUAAAGAGGCAAUAAUUUAGGUAGUUCAAUGCCUCUGAACAUUGUAAUACUGUACCUACAUCUUUAACACGCUGGGUUAUAAUUAAUUUAAGACCAUAUUUUAGAGGCUGUUCUUAUGAUAAAGGAUUUUUUUUAUUGCUGUAUGUUGUAUGAUAUAAAAAUAUCAUGUUCUUUCUCAUAAGAAUAGUCUUCAUGGUCCAAGAGAAUUUGAAGCUACAUUUUGUCAAAUAUGUUAUUGCUUAUGAAAUAUAAUGUUUAAUUUUUUAUUACCAGGAAACAGUGAUAAUCAUCGAGGAAAGUCUAGUAUAUGUUACUAACCUAGAGUACGGUUUAGGUAAUGACUUAUUAUAAUGAAGUUUGUACUCGUGCUUCUGUCAUUCUUAACAUCUGAUCUGGGCUAGAUUUUUCAAACAAUCACUGAUACAUUAGUGGAAACAUAUGUAGUGUGUGCCGAUGUUGCAACAGUUGGUUGUAUUAAAAAAUGCAUUGCUCAAGUUCUUACCAUUCAACAAUUAAUUUGAAGUGAUGUUUUACAAGUGUGUUGCCAUAGCUGCUUCUUCAGUACCACCCUAAGCUCUUCCUCCAACACAACCACAUGUGAAAGAAUUGGGGCAUGGUAGUGUUACUUGCCAAACCCUAUAGAUUGCAUUUAUGAGCUGUAGGAUGUGUAUUUUAACCUAAACCCAUAAGUUAUCCAGACUUAGAAUUUGUUCAUCCACUGUGGAUGUGAACUUGUACUUGCGAUGACAGGGGUUUUGCAACUGUGGCGGUUAACACUCUCAUGCUGCGAUGACAUCAUAAAAUGCCACUGAUAACAAUUAUGAACACAUAUGAAGACAACGGAAAAUAUUGCCUGAGAGGGCUGCGACUUGUGGCUCGAGUAAAUGCUGUUCCUGGUGGUGUGGUCAAGUGAGUGGGAACUUUCCCAGAAUCAUUGUGUACACUUAUGCUGUCUCAAGCAUCAUCAUAAAAAUUGGCUUGUUCAUGUUGGUAGAUUUUAGUGUUUCGUUGUAAAACGAGGAUGAUUACAAAUGUUUAUUUAAGAUAAUCGAGAUUUUUUAUUCUUGGGUAAUUAAAGCAUUGUUAUUAUUUAUGUUGAUUACUGUUAGAAUAAGGAAACAUAAUUUUCUUGUAACAUGCUAUUUCUAAUGUCAAAGUUUAUUAGUUAAUAUUUUUUCAAAGUGGAGGAGACAGAGUUGAUGCCAGUAUCAUUGUGCAUGUGCGAGCUGUACAUAUUGUGGUACUAGACUUCCACAUGCACAAGGAUAUACAAGGCACAACUUGAUUGACACGAACUUCUCUACUGUAACAAAUGAUCCUGUUAAGUUUCUCACAUUCUCUUAGUGAAGCUCAUCUAGCAACUUGUAGAAUGUAGUCAUUGAACUAUGCAAUGGUUACUAUUAUUAAACACUUAGUCCUGUUAUAAAUUUUGAACAUUAGAAGCGGAUAUACUAAGCUCUCAAUAUUUUAUUUAGAAGAGCAAGUUUAUACUAUGAUUUUACUUAACCACACCACCAGCACAUUGACUUUUGAAGUCCAAUAUUGUGAUAUGACCUAAUGUUUUGAGUCUUGCCAAGGGUUAUCGUAAGGUUCUCUAUCCCACCUUUAUUGGAAAGUGAAUCUUUAUGAAAUAUGGUGUAGAGCUGGGAAUGAGAGGUCAGGUCACAGAAGAUCAGGGUACGGGUGUAUGUGGUGCAGCUACGAUGAUUGUGCAACACCUCUCAACAUUUCCUAGUGCCCGCCUAAUUUUGUAGCCGCACCACUAUCACUUGCACCAACUUUAUUUUAUGUCUAAUAUUUUAUUUUAGUCAUGUGGUUGGUGGUUAAAUCUUAGCAUGUGUAAUUUUUCCUCUUAAGUAAAGGUAGAAACUAUAUAUUUAGUGUUUGUGCAUUGAUAACUAUUUGCUUUCUGGUGACCUGUGUGUCAAUGUUCAAUUGACUUUUUUAUGCUUACAACAUAGAAUUAUAAUGUUUAGCUGCUUGAGUAUUUUUUUUUACUUUGCUGUUGUCUUCAUGUCUAUUCAUUUAGAAUAUGUGAGUCGUCGUGGGCGUGCUGGUGGCAGCGCAUGUGGUGUCGGGCGUGCUGGUGGCGGCACAUGUGGUGUCGGGUGUGCUCUUUGCAACCCUGUAUUAACAUGCUGAUAACCAUGUGUUAAUUAAUCUGUGUUAUUCUCUAUGAAAAUGUUUAUAACUUUUUUGCUUACUAAGAAAUACUGUAUACUGAUAUUGCAUUGUGUGUGUGUGUGAAGAAGAGUUGCAUGCUCAUUAUAUAUAUAUUUGUCUUGUAAGCACAGAUUUGAACUUGUUUAAUGAAAUAACUUUCUUAGAUGAAUGUUCACAAUAAUAUUAUUGCACUUUGUGCCUACAUAGACUUUGUCAAAUAACUUCAUGCUCUUUUGCCCCUAAAUAUAUCAGAAAAUUUAGCUAAGAGCUGCCACAGUGUGAAGUUAGGGCUGAAGGUAGGCCUACCUUUAUCAUAUACAAUGUAGAAUAGACUGACAGUGUACUUCACUGAAAUAUGCAUGAAAUUUUCUUAUUUUUGUUUCUUCAAUUAAUGAUUAUAAAGGUGGUUGAGGAUGUAGCAUGAAGUGUAAUGUAUAUAAGAGUAGUAUUGAUGUGUGGAGUUUUUCUCUAGUGACUGUCUAGUGCGUCUUAAGUCAGGCUGCCCAUCCUGUGCUUCUGAUAAUUAAAGAACCACGUUCAUAUUUUAUAUGCCUGUAACAAAUUUUGAAAUGCAACAUUUGUAAUUGGUAGCCAUUUUAUAUUGUAAAUGCCAUCUUCCAGUAUAAUACUGUAUUUCUAAACAAUAAACCAUACCUUAUUCAAAAUUGAAAAUGCAUGUACUGUAUAUCGUUCCUUAUGCAAGGAUGGGACACGUAAUACAUCUAACACCUUAUCUCUCUUCUGAUAUACUUUAUAAAAAUAGUAUGAUGUAAUGAUAGAAAAAAUGUAUCAACUUGUGGAUAACUAAACAUUGUGCAUAAUUAUUUGCAAAUUUUAAGGUCUUGGCCACAACUUUAGUCGAGAUAUUUAGCGCCAGUCAAUUUGUUAAUUUGUUUCAGUUUUCUAUUUGUUUAUACAAAAUAAUCAUUUAUUUUUUAGAAAGACUUAAGUGACUGCGGAAGCAUUAAUUUAGUGAGCAUGUGUGAUGUGUUAGUACUGUAUGUGUGGUGGUAGAGGUUCUGUGCACAACCACCUCCACAACCACCACCACCGCCACCACCACCACCACCACCACCACCACCACCGCCCCAGCAUUACCACCUUAGAUGACCCUGACAGAGCCGCCUCAAUAUGGUGUGGACUAUGUAUACAAAUUGCUGUAACUUUCAUGCCUGUCUAUUGAUUGCGUGCAUUUAACUUGUGUUCAUGUACCACAUUACGUCUUUCCUGCUGACGUAAUGUUUGGUUCAUCCAGGUGUCAGUGUUUAUCUCUUAUUAGAGUAAUUAGAGACAAAAAUUACUGUUAAAUUAUAUAUUAAGUUCUGAAUAUUAUUUAUACAUGCAUUUUUUAUUUAAAUUAAUUAUUUUGUUUACAUUUAAGAACCUUUCAUGAAAUACAAGUAUAAAAUUAUUACUGAUUUUUUGUAUGAAUUGUUGAAGUAUAUACUUUUACAUAUCAAUUAUACUUUUCAAGUUAGUAUAAUAUUUGUCUUCAAUCUUAAAAUAAUAUUAAGAAUUUAUUUAAAAGUGAAUGAUCGUCGAAGAUCUGUGAAAGAAGCAUUAUGUAAUAGACCAUGCAUCAGGACCAUUAUGUUUCAGCCUCGGCUCUGUUAUGGUCAGACUACAAUAAAAGAUUGAUCUGA